AUGUCCUCAGAAGAAUUUCAAUUAUUUCAACAGUCACUUGGACAAUACAUUUCCAUGAAUUCAUUUAUUUCCACCAGUCUCAAUCGAGAUUUAGCUCUUUUCUAUUUGGGCAGUAGUGUACUUGAUAAUGAAAACACACCAGAACGACUUCUCUUUGAAAUUAAUGCAGAUCCUUCCAUUGAGUGUAUCAAACCAUUUGCUGAUAUAUCAGAAUUCAGCAACUAUCCAGAAGAAGAAGAAGUUCUGUUUAUGCUUGGAAGUGUCUUUCAACUUGACUCAAUUGUAUUCGAUUCGGAUAAACAAAUUUGGAUUAUUGGAAUGACAAUGUGCAGCGACAAUGAACAUCACGCAAAAGAUGUUUAUGAAAAGAUGAGAAAUGAAUUGUGUGGUGAUGCUAAUGAAACACCAAAUCUGAUUCAUCUUGGUAAUGUUCUGUAUGAUAUGGGGCAAUUUGAAAAGGCUGAAAAAUAUUUUCGUCGCCUUCUCAACAAACUUCCGAAUGAACAUCCAGACAAGGCAAAUUGUAUACAUAAACUUGGCCUCGCUGUCAAUGCUCAAGGAGAUCAUCACGGUGGUCUUGAAUUACUUCAUAAAGGUUUACAAAUACGUCUAGAAAUCUUACCACCUGGUGAUGAACUUCUUGGAAAUAGUUACAAUAGUAUUGGAUUAGUUUAUGAAGAUAAAUACGAUUAUCAAUCAGCCGUUGAAUGGUAUAAAAAAGGAUUGGUCAUAUAUAAGGAUUUAUAUGGAGAAGAACAUCCAAGAGUUGCUUUGUCGCUCAAUAAUAUUGGCAUGAUGUAUGAGAAACAAGGAAAACAUGCACAAGCUCUUGAAUGCCAUUUCAAAGCACUUGCCAUCAAAGAGAAAUUUCUUCCAAUCGAUCAUCCUCAAACAGCCAAUUCUUUGCAUAAUAUCGGCGAAGUUUAUCGAAAUCUUGACCAAUACGAUAAAGCACGAGAAUACUUUGACAGAGCUCUCGCUAUGUAUAUCAAAACUCGACCAUAUCUUCAUGCAAAUACUGCUUAUAUCUCAACCAGUAUUGGUCUUUUAUGCGAAAUGAAAAGUGACUUUGACCAAGCACUUAUAUUUUUAAAUAAAGCAGAAGAUAUUUUUGCGAAGUUGACUUUACCAGCAACGCAUCCAUAUCGUCUCAGAGCAAAUCAGGCUAUCCGACGCAUUGAAGAAACUAAAAUAUCCAAUGAACAUGUUCAAUAA